AUCCGGGUCGAGAGAGAGGGAAGGGUUGUAGGUGAUGAAGCCACGCAGGGACUUGGGGACGAGCCCGUCCGGCGAGGUGAAGAGGUGGCGUUUGGACAUGGCGCCUAUGUGCGUUGGGAGUCGGUGCGAUUAGAGAUUAAUAGAAGUGACGAGGAGAAGAAGAACAGCAAGAGAACAAGGAGCAGAGGCUGGGGCAGACAGAGGAUGAGCUGCGAUGGAUGGGGAUGGGGAACGCGCCGCUUAUGGAGGAGAAAUCACUGUGCAGUAGACGAGGAUGUGGGGAGCUUGAGCUUCGGCCUUCCGUGGUCGGACAGCAGCAACUAGCAGGACAAGAGACGGUGGACGAGAAGUUUGUUUGCGACUUCUCGAGUUCACGAUUCUCUGGGAUACGUGGGCAGCAGCGACACUGCGCGCGCGACUCGGCGCUUGCGGUUGCCCCUCUGGCUGUCCACCCCCGAGACGCCAGCAUCGCACUCAUUCGUCUGUCACCCAUGGAGGCACGGGCUGGAUGGGGAUGGACUCUUGUCCCUGUGCUCCAUGUGGGGAGGGAGGCUCGGGUUGCCCUAUCAGGCAUGGCCGGUUCAAUUCACCGUCCCUUCGAGACGGAGAUGGAGGGGCAUGGAGGGGUAGAGGAGGGGUCGAGGGAAGGAAAUGGUGGAGAGAAAGCGUUGAUGGAGCUCAGCAAGCUUAGAGGAGGGUGGAUGGACGGGAAGAGGGAGCGCGUGUCGAGGUCGGCUGGUUGGCCGAUACUGAGGAGCCAUGCGGCAGCUCCGCCGCGAACAGUCCACUCAGUUCUUCUUCUCGACCCUCGAGACAAAAUAAUUGGGCCGCGUGACGAGGAGAUUCACAUCGGGUUGCUGCUUUGGGGUGGCGAGACGAGGUUUGUUGACGUUAGUCUGCUGCUAAUUGCUACGUAAUUUGAUAUCAUCGUUUCUGCUGCUGGACAAGGCUUCUUCUCGUUUGAUUCUCACAUUCCACUUCAACUUCUAGCAUC